AAGAAAUAAUUACCUACCCACGUAAAAGUCCUGCACCCGUUUGACUUGGUGUAGUGAGAUAAUCGACGUUGUUCCUCCGACCCGAGCUUCUGAUUGUCUCAGUUUUGGUUCACAAAGUUCUAUGCAUGUGCUGCCCGGCUGAAAUAUGCCGUCUUGAGAAGUCUCAAUGGCUUCGUUCGCUCCCUACACGUAUAUCCAAUGUCCCUGCUACGAUUCGACGACCCGGGCCCGUCCGGUAGACGAGGCGCCCUCUCCCACUUCCCAGGACGAGCCCGACGAUGACGAUGAUAAGACCUUCGAUCCCCGUGCGCCGCGUUCUAACUAUAGCUUAUACCCUAUCGAAUACUUGCUAUACUGCGAUGUAUGCUCCCAGAUCCGCUGUCCUCGCUGUGUUUCCGAGGAGCUCGCUACUAUAUAUUGCCCGAACUGUCUCUUCGAGGUUGGGAGUAGUAGCUUAAAGACCGAAGGGAAUAGAUGCACACGUAGCUGUUUCCAAUGCCCCAUCUGCAUCGGGCCCCUCGCCGUCCAAUCCCUCGAAUCGGCCCCGGAGCCCUCCCUCCUCACCGCCGAAGGCCAGAACCCCGUCCCUCCCUCCGGGCCCUGGAUCCUCGCCUGCUCGUACUGCCACUGGAACUCGUCCGAGAUCGGCGUCAAGUUCGACAAGCCGCAAGGCAUCUUCUCCCAGCUCUCCAAGCUACGCCACGGCGAGGACCACACCAAACACUCCGCCAUCUCCACCGCCGCUACCACGACAACGACGGCGGCGGCCGGAGGAGACGCGACCCCGAAAAAGGUCGACGACACGGCGAAGGCGCGGUUCGCCGCCCUCAAGGCCUUCUACGCCUCGCAGAGCAACCUCAACUCGUCGACGGCGGGCGGCGCGCUCGCCGGCAUCGCCGACUACGGCUUCAACUCUCCGGGCGCGCUCUCGCGCAUCAUGAACCUGUACUCGGGCAACGCCUCCGCGGGCGGCAGCGGUCCCGGCGGUAGCAGCGCCACGCUAAAGCCCAAGGCCAAGGCCCCCGUGAUGCGGGAAGCCGACGCCGCGAGCGAAGGGUUCCGCGCCGCGAAUCUCGACGAGAGCGCCGCGCUAUCGCGGCUGCGGCGCGACGGCUGGGCGGGAACGGUGACGGGCGCGGAGUCGCGGGCGCAAGUCGAAGAGGGCGCGCGCUUCGCGGCGGACCUGUGGCCGAUCCCGUACCUGCUGCGCACGAAGCGGUCGAAGCGGUGCCCCGUCUGCCGGCACAUCAUCAGCAAGCCGGAGUCGAAGGUGAGCAACACGCGAUGGCGGAUCCGGCUCGUCGCCAACAACAACAUCCCCUCCAUCUCCAUCAAGCCGCUGUCCCCUCCGGCCCCGGCCCCUCCGUCCCUUUCGUCUCCUUCUACCGCGGCGGCUUCUUCCCCUUUCGCGAACAACAACAACAACAACACCCCGCCGCCGGGCCUGCUCAAGCCCCUGCAGCCGGCACAGUUCCUGCUCACUUUCAAGAACCCGAUCUUCGACGAGAUCAAGGUGACGCUAGCGACGCCGGCCAUGACCCCGGGCCGCUUCGCCUCCAAGGUCACCGUCCUGUGCCCCCAGUUCACCAUCGACGCGAACACGGACACCGACAUGUACCUCGACGACGUGCUGAAGGACGGGGAGAAGGAUAAGAGCCGCCGCCGCGCCGACACGGGGACGCAUCAGGCGGAGGCGGGCAAGAUUUGGGAGCGGGGGCGCAACUGGGUUAGUAUCGUGGUUGAAGUCAUCCCCGCGUCCCUCAAGGUAGGAGAGCCGUCAUUGCUCAGGAACGAGAGCGAUGAUGCGGAACCGGACUUAAGUCCGCUGAAGGAGGACGAGGAUGUGUUAGAGAUACCUAUGUUCGUACGAUUGGAGUGGGAAGGCGAUGUGUCUCAGGAUCAAGUAGGCAUGGGCAGCACGGCUGGCAAGGAGAAGGAUACGAGGGAGAAGAGGGAACUGGCGUACUGGUGCGCCAUCGGCAUUGGUCGGAUCAGUCAGGAAUAAUCAGAGAAUCUACGAUACCCCGAAAUGCAGACAUCAUGACAUAAGAGGCA